UGUGGUUGGUACAUAAUCCAAUUCAAUCGAUCCUUAUAAGCUAUCAAAAAAAGUCUGUGCCAAGAGAAAACGUCGUUGGUCAUAUGUUCAAAUCCCAUAGUUACAACCUUUGGUCUCAUAUUCAAAUUCCAUAUCCAUUUUAGAAAAUGAUAAAAUCUAACGGUUGCAAUUGUUAUGAUACAAAAGAAAUCCAUACAUAAUUACUCCAUAAACAAGUCCAUGUUCCGAGAGUAAACUAACCCGCCAAUUUUAAACACUUGUACGAGAGUACGUGUAUUCGUAUUUGCCACCAAAAAAAAUCUACCCACACUUGUGAACUAAAACUACUGUACUUAUUUCUUCACAAAAAAUCCAUCACUUCUUUCAUUUUAUUUAAUUAUAUCUCCGGGAACUUCACCGGAAAAUCAUGCCCGGAGCUUUGAAUUUCACUCCAAUUUCAAUUUUCCGGCCAAAUUCCGGCCGGAAAAUGCCGAUAAAUUCAUUUCGAAUUAGGGCUUCCACGGAAAUCUCAGAAUCGACAGUAGAUUCAAGCUCUCAAGGUGGUUUAAAUGCCGGAGUUUCGACAUCGAACCCUAAUUUUUCGCCGCCGCCGAAUUUUAAGCCGCCGGAGCCGAAGCGGUUCGGUAUUAGACCGGAUAGGACUCUCGAUAUUCUUGGCGCUUCUCUCUCUCUCAUCUUCCGAUUGGGUACCGGUGUUUUUGCUGAUGGGUAUUCUGUUUCCCUUGUUUCAAAGGAUGAAAUCCCAUCUGACCAAUAUGCUCUGGAAAUUGCUGGUUUCAAGUUGAAGGAGAGAUCAAAAUUAGGACCACGUCCUGAAAACCCUAUUGAGAUAUAUGAGUUUGAAAGUUGUCCCUUCUGCCGAAAGGUCAGGGAAAUUGUAGCAGUGUUAGAUCUUGAUGUUUUGUACUAUCCUUGCCCUAGAAAUGGGCCAAACUUCCGUCCGAAAGCAGUUCAGAUGGGUGGAAAGAAGAUGUUUCCUUACAUGGUGGAUCCUAACACUGGAGUGUCUAUGUAUGAAUCAGAUGAUAUUAUUAAGUAUUUGGUCAACAAAUAUGGUAAUGGUCAAGUCCCUCUUUUGUUGUCGCUAGGCCUACUUACGACCUUAACUGAAGGAUUUGCGAUGAUUGGGCGCAUGGGUAGAGGAUCAUCUUAUACUCCAGCAAAAAUGCCACCUAAGCCACUUGUAUUGUGGGCAUAUGAGGGUUCUCCUUUCUGUAAAGUUGCUCGUGAGGUGCUUGUGGAAUUGGAGUUGCCACACAUUCAACGCAGCUGCGCUCGUGGCAGCCCCAAAAGACAGGAUCUGUAUGCAAGAGUUGGUCAUUUUCAGGUGCCUUAUUUAGAAGAUCCAAAUACCGGAGUGCAAAUGUUCGAAAGUGCCGAAAUAGUAGAUUACCUAAAAGCAACAUAUGCUCUUUAGUAGCAAAUAUUCUGAGGCGAAUGAAGGUUCUCUUCAUCUUGUAGAUAACUAAAUGUGCUUGAUAUACCUUUGUUUCUUUUUCUACAUGAAGGUCAUGUGUGAUGUGUACAAAUCUAGUCAGAAAUAUAUUCUCAACAUUGUCCUCAUUGUCAGUCCAUAAAUUGACUGGAAGAUUCUAUUCAUGUUCAUCAAAUCUCAGUUGUGGCAUUAUGUCUUUCAAAUUGUAACUUUUAUUCAUUUAAUUACCCCUA